CUUUGUUUGAUACAGUGGCAGUUUUUCUGAAGAGAGAGAGAGAGAGAUGAGGGUGAGCUCACCUUUAUGGGAUGCACUGGUGUUUGCAGCGAUGGUGAUGGCGGAGUGUGCCUCGAUAGGUUUAAUCACACUUAGCAAAGCAGCCAUGUCUAGAGGGAUGAGCAAUUUCAUCUUCAUUAUGUACUCCUAUGCUCUUGCCACCCUCAUCCUCCUCCCCUUUGCCUGCUUCUUCCACAGGCCAACUCUCCGUCCAAUCACCUUUUCCCUUCUCUGUAAAAUGUUCCUUCUUGGCCUAAUUGGAUAUUUGGUGCAAGUUUUCGCAUAUACUGGCAUUAACUACAGCUCUCCUACUCUCUCUGCGGCUAUGAGCAACCUUACACCUGCUUUUACCUUCAUACUUGCCGUUCUUUUCAGGAUGGAGAAGUUACAUUGGAAAAGCUCAAGCAGUCAAGCUAAAUCAAUUGGAACCAUUGUAUCAAUCUCAGGGGCAUUCGUUGUGACUCUCUAUAAGGGCCCACCAAUCAUGAUGGAUCCAUCAUCUUCUAACUCAUUAAAUCGACUUCAUCUCUCUUCACAGUCAAAUUGGGUUAUUGGAGGUAUUUUCUUUGCUGCUGAUUGUUUGUUGUCUGCAAUAUGGUAUAAUUUCCAGGCAGCAAUUGUUAAGGAGUAUCCAGAAGAACUCACCCUGACCUGUCUCUAUUCCUUCUUUGGUACCUUUCAUUCUGCAAUAGGAUCUCUGAUUGCAGAACGAGACCAAAGUGCGUGGAUAUUAAAGCCUGAUUUGGCGUUGAUUACUAUUGUCUACUCAGCAAUUCUUGGGUUUGGAUUCAGUGUUGGUACUAUAACAUGGGCCUUGCACCAGAAGGGCCCUCUUUAUGUUGCCAUGUUCAGGCCUUUGGGGAUUGUUAUUGCAGUUGUUAUGGGAGUCCUUUUUCUUGGGGACACCUUCUAUCUGGGAAGUAUGGUUGGCUCAAUUACCAUCACUGCUGGGUUUUAUGCUGUGAUAUGGGGAAAAUCCCAAGAAGAGAAAUUGGAUAAAGGUAUCGGGGUUACAAGCUUGGAGUCUUCAACUGAAAGGGCCCCUCUUUUGCAAGGAAAUUAAAACAUAACUUGGAAGAAGUGUGAUGUUUGUAAAAAAUGUAAGUUACUCAAAGAAUGUAUGCAUUUUUUCAGUAACAAAAAGAAAAUAUAGAUCUAAUUAAGCUGUCUAACUCAAUUUUGUAACAUGAGAGAUGCAACUGCAUCAUGAUUGAUCCUUGAUUAGAAGGUUGGUAAGUAUGAGGAUCCAUUCACAUUCUUGCGCAGCCUAGUAAUAUGAAAAUAAGUCUUCUAUAUUGGAUGCAACUCAUUAUUCUGGUUGGAUGUUGAUUAGAGAUCUAACAGUACUUUGGAAGCUGUUCUGAAUAAAAAUCACUUCCUUAUUUCUCUUUUUGGAGUGCUUCAAAAUAAAAGGUACAUGUAUGAUCUGGUGAGGUCUUUUCUCAUCUAUACAGUUUUUUGAGAGAGGGCCUGUUGGAUAAUUUGUGAUCGUACUUAUGUAAGUGCUCUUGCAGAUCCUUGGAUUCUGACUUUACAAAGCUUUAGACCUCAAUAUGAUUGUCGAUGCGGAAAGAAGUCUUUGUUUUAGAUUUGAUUGAUCAAGAAACAAAGGUUUGCUAAGUAGAUAUUAUUUGAAAUCUAUUUGAUCCUGUUGCUGCUGUUCAUAUUUUGCAAAAUCCAGCUUCCUAAUAGUUAUAGAAAGCUUAAAGUUGAGUUAACCUGGACUCCGUCCAGAUCAGGAUCCUUCUGGACAAAGACAGCCGAUAGAUUGACAUCACAGAUGGGCAUCUUCAUCCAACACCCCUCAUUUGCCUUUAUGAUCUUGCACGUCAAAGAAUUCAAACUGCACACAGAACACCUUAACAUGUCAGAAUGGUGCUAUUUAAACAAUGCUAUUCCAGUCACAGGAUUAUUGGCUGAGUUGAUGCUGUUGAAAAUAUCUGUUCUACUGAUGAGGAACACUCAGAAACAGUUUAUCACCUCCUGUUAAACUUUAACUUGGCAGCAGCUGUUUGGUUUGGCUGUGUCUAUGCAUUUGAAUGCAAGAAUAGAAGAACAAUUAGUGGGUUGGAUUACAGCUGUUUGGUUUGGGUUGCACCUAUCAUGCUCUUAUGUUUUGCAAGUUUGGUACGUUUGGAAGGUGAGAAAUGUUAAAAUUUCUGAGGACAGGACAUGGCCCUAGAUUCUCUUAUAGAGGCUGCUCAAGUUCAUUCAUUUGCUGUCACCAUCAACUUGAAUUCAGAUCGAUAUGUUAAUGGUUAUAAGGACUUCUUAUUCUAGUUUUUGGAUGCAGUGUAAUGUGGAUGGAGCUACUGGGGCCUUGUUUGGUGCCUGUGGUGGUUACAAGAAAUCAAAAUAGAAUCUUUAUUGCUGCUAAGGGUGGAUUUGAAUCAUGUUCUGACGAGAACACAGAUUUAACUGGGUUUCACAUAGCUUUGCCUUUAUGUGCAAGAGUUUUGUUUUCAAGCAUUGUUAUUGAAGGAGAUGCAGAAAGAAGUGAUCAAGUAUUCAAGUUUCUGUUGGAGGAUUUCCAGAGUCCCCCCCCCCUCCCCUUUGGCUACUCGGAUUUGAGUAUGCUAAUUGCAUAACUCAUCUCCUCUCUUUUGUUGCAAGAUUGCUGCUCACACUUCAGCCUGCUUGGCCGUGUAUGGUGUAUCCAGGAUUUCUCAAACCUUGUUGAGAAAUCCACCAGUUUCUAUUACUACAAAUCUUGUUCCUGCAUGGAACUAUGUAUUUGGUGCAUUUUCUCAACCAAAGGAUUUUUUUUUUUUUGUU